AUAGUAGUUAACAACUCAUUGACUUUCACAUUUGUCAUCCUUUAUUAUCCAAAGUUGUAACCGUUGACAAAAGCUUAUUAAUUAUGAUGAAAUUAAAACAUCCAAUAAUAAGAGGCAUGAUGCUUGCUAACUUAUAUUCUGUUAGUACGUACGGGCGUGUACUUUGCGCACGGAUAAUUCACUUUCGACUACUCCCCACACAUGCCAUGCACAAGCUCAUACUAUACCAUUUUAAUUUCUAUUAUUAAUUCUAAAUUAAUUAGCUAGUAAUUACAAUAAACAACACUUAAUUACAUAAACUUUAGACUACUAUAAAUACUCGAAGAUCUGAACCACAAAUCAUCAUCAACAAUUAACUCAUUUACUUAAAUCACUAGUAUUUUCAAAAGCUAAGGAAAAAAAAAAAAAAAAAAAAGGCUAGGGUAAUGUCUAACAAGAGAAUGAAGGUACUCCAAACACUCUCGAUCUCGAUCGCUCUCCUCAUGAUCCUCCUCCAAGCCUCCUCGGCUCGAGGGCAGGACACCUCCGAGUGCGAGGUGGCCGCUAGUGGUGGAUGUUAUGACAAGGAAAAAUCCUUGAAGCUAAAAGUGAUAGGCAUUUUUACCAUAUUAGUAGCUAGUAUGAUUGGAAUAGGGUUACCCUUAUUUUCAACUGCUUUUCCUGCGUUACACCCCGAUCGUAACGCGGCUGUUAUAGUAAAAAUCCUAGCUGCAGGGGUAAUUUUGUCCACGGGUUUCAUGCACGUCCUUCCUGAUUCUUGGAAUGAUUUAACUUCACCAUGUUUGCCUGAAAACCCUUGGAGAAUUUACCCCUUUUCUACUUUUAUUGCUAUGGUUACGACGGUCUUGACCAUGAUGAUGGACACAGUUGCAACCGCGUACUUUAAGAAGAAAGGGUUGAAGAGAAUGCACGCCCAUUGUGGUAACCAUGGUACCGACAAUGGUGGUAGUGGUGUUGGUACUAUACAUCACAUGCAAAGUCCUAGAGAAGGUGACAUGGAAAUGGUUGAUCAUCAUGACAUUAGUAGCAAUAAAAAACAAGGUGUGGAAUCCGAGGAGAAGCAGUCUCAACUCUUGAGGUAUCGCAUUAUUGCUCAGGUAUUAGAGUUGGGAAUAGUAGUGCACUCAGUGGUGAUUGGAGUGGCAAUGGGUGUUUCAAACAAUCCAUGCACAAUAAGACCACUCGUCGCGGCUAUGUGCUUCCAUCAACUCUUUGAGGGCAUGGGUCUUGGUGGUUGCAUCUUACAGGCCGAGUAUGGAAUGAAGAUGAAAGCAACAAUGGUAGCAUUCUUUUCAGCAACAACACCAUUUGGGAUAGCUCUUGGGAUUGGCAUGCUAAGUUUUUAUAAUGAGAAUAGCCCAGCUGCCCUAAUUGUUGUUGGAGUGUUGAAUGCUAUUUCUUCAGGGCUACUAAUUUACAUGGCUUUGGUGGACUUGUUAGCAACUGAUUUUAUGGGACCUAAACUUCAAGGAAAUAUCAAACUUCAAUUUGUUUGCUAUUUUGCUGCCUUCCUAGGCAUGGGAAUUAUGUCUCUCAUGGCGAAAUGGGCGUAAUAACGACAUGUAAUGGAAUACUUAUGUUCGAAGCUCGUUAAUGCAUAUGAUUUAAUGGAAGAUUUCCUAAAGUUUUCCUUUUUCUAGCU